AUGGACACAUCACCACUACCAGACUGUAUCAAGACUGUUCCCCUGAGUGUGGAUAAACACAGAGAGCUGAUGACGAGCGUCCUCGUCGACCAACGGCUGACUGAGCUGCAGCUGAAGGGCGGGGCCUGGCUGGCAGAGCUGACCACAUCAGGACUGGCACAGCGAUCCCCAGACUGCAGGGCUGCGACCUCUAACCUCUAUGAUAGUGUGGACAACGCCCUCCACCGCCUCGUACAUGUGUCCAAUCACAGAGGCAGCGACCUGGAAGUCCUCGGUCGAUUGGCUGACAUGGUGGACAAACUGGAAAAGAGGGAAGACUGGAGAGAGAGGGAGAUGCUGAGUUCAGGGAGGCAGUACGUGGCCGUGUUAACGGGUGUGGAGGAGACCUACCUGCCCCUCUUGGAGGGUCCAGACACCCCGUCCCCCCUCCGGGGGGAAGCAGACCUCCUUUUCCACAACUUGGCCAGCUUCAGCGCCUUCCACUCGCAGUACCUCCUCCCAGCCAUGGAGGGAGCUCUACUGCAGAGUCUGCUGAAACAGGACCUCUUCAGUAAACGUGUGAGUGGCUCAGACUCCUUGCCACCCCUCCUCUCUCCCUCCUGUCCUUCCCCCACUGUCUCCAGUCCCCUACACAGACUGGAACAGUACUGUGAUGUUCUGGAGGAACUGGGAGGGCUAAACCACGCCUCUGACUCCUUCCUCUCCGUCCUCAGACACGCCCAGCGCCACGGUGAGGACCUCCGGGCCAGCGACCUCAUCGUCGGGUGUCCGGACCCGGUGGCGGAGCGUGGAGAGCUGGUGAGUCAGGUGUGUGGGAGGACCAGGAGGAAGAAGACCGGGGUGUGUUCCUCUAUCAACCCCUCAUCGUCUUCACCAAGCAGAAGAGCCUGGGACACACCGCCUACAGCUUCAAACACAGCACCAAGUGUCAGUGUGGAGAGGGCAGCCUGGACACACGAUAUCACUCAGCUCCUUUGGACCCACAACACAGAGACCAUGUGUAUUGGUCUGUCCAGUAAGAUACUGCUAGAUGUCACAGGAGCACCAGAAACAUCUGAAAUGGACUCUAUCUACAGUCUGAAUGACAGAGUUCACAGUAGCUGUUUAGACUCCUCCUCUGUUGGCAGUCAGAAGGAGGGGGAAUCCCCAGCAUCUGGGAGGGGACACACACAGAAACUGGAUUCCGGACUCAAAAAACAACUUACAUUUUACAUUUACAUAAGGGUGAAACUGAACAUAAAGCAAACAAAGAGACAUUACGGCUCUAACUAACCCAGGAUCUAGCAUCAACAGAGCCUGCUGUGGUGGCCAUGUUGGAUCGGCCGGACACAGUUGCUCGCAGAGUCAUUGAUAUCGUGGACACUCCAGCCACACAGAAGGAGCAUUGUCCUCUCUCUGCGGCUCCCCGCUAGGCCAAACCACUCUGUCUGAACCACUGACUGGCAGCCAUGGCCUAGUGUGUGUAUGCGUGUGUGUGUAUGCGUGUGUGUAUGCGUGUGUAUGCGUGUGUGUGUAUGUGUGUGUGUGUAUGUGUGUGUGUAUGCGUGUG